AUGGUGUCUCAUGAUUCAGGGGCUUCGCUCGACAAGACGGCAGAGACUUCUGCGUGCAGUUCUGAGCCUGACUACCAAGAGGUUGGCUCAGCAACUCCCGAUGGCAAUGACGAAGAUCAAGAAAUAGAGAAGAAAGCAGAGGAAAAGGCCGAACCAUCCUUGACAUUCAAAGAGAAGGUGCAGCGACAAAGACGCCUGCUCUCGGUAUCGUUCCGAGAAGAUGUUGUCGUCCCACGCCGUCGACGUUCUCGCACGGCUGUGCCAGAUGAAGCCGAUGGAGGCGAACCAUCGGAAGCAGUAGACCAUGCCCGUAGAGCCAUGACUGUUUCAUUUCAAGAAGAUGAAGUACCUGUCUUUGGUGAUGGCAGAAGAAGGCGUCGUCGCCGAGAGCCAUCCAAAACCAGACAGAGUUACUUUGGGAGCAUUUCUUCCUCGUUCAUCUCAGGCAUCAUGGACUCGCUGCGAGAGGAAGAAGUCAGAUUGGAUCCUGGCGAAAUGGACGAUCAUGCCACCAGAGCGUCCGACGAAUCUUCGCACGUCCCCUGGCUCGAUGACACCAUAAUCACGUACAGCACUCGGACAAGGGCGGGGAGCAUGCGCAAGAAAUGUGGCAAGAUCGUCAACCAUCCCUGUACACAGCACGUGAUCUUGUUCAUGAUCACAGCCAAUGCAAUUCUCAUGGGAAUCAUGACGUUUGAUUUUGUUGACGACAAUCCGCAGGUGCACACCUAUCUGGUGUAUACGGAUUACGUCUUCCUGGGACUAUUCGCCAUUGAGGUCAUUCUUCAACUCAUCUACCACGGACGGUCAACCUUUGGAAAUCCAUGGCUUUGCUUUGAUGCGGUCAUCCUGGCUUGCAGUUGGGUGCCAUCGCUGCGGAUAUUCCGGUUUGCCCGUGUUAUCAAUCGACUGAGCAUUCUAAAGAACCUGACAGAAGCGAUUGCACUGGUUAUGCCCCAAAUGUUUUCCAUUAUGCUGUUCCUCCUCAUCAUCAUUUACACCUACGCAGUGCUCUUUACAGAGCUGUUCCGACAUGUGGUGUUUGAGGAAACUCAGUACUUUGAGAAUCUAUUCGCAUCCAUGUUCACCUGCUUUGAAAUGACUACAAUGGAAUGGGCACACAUUGCAUGGGAACUCAAGGACCAAAACUACUCCUGGAUUCCAAUCACCUCCUUUGUCGUGAUCUGUGGUAUGAUCUUUUUCAACCUGGUGCUCGCUGUGAUUUGUAACGCGGUGGCAGCGUUGGGAAUUGACUUGAGUGGUCGCAAUCAGCGCGAAUUGGAAACUUUGGCAGAGCUGCGAAAGAAAGUGCGCGACGCGGAAAAACGAGUCUAUCGAGUAAAGGAAUUGAUGAGACAACUUAUUCGAAACCAGAAUCAUUCACUUCACCUGCUGGAGGUGAUGCUAGCACAGAAGCUCAACUCUGUCGAGACUUGGUCCAAACUCAUGGGCGAGGUAGAGGAUGAAUCCAUGUCCAUGUCACAACGGCGUACCACUCGGACGAGCUUUAUGAACAAGAUAUCAUUUGAUUACGCUUUUCAAGAGGAAACCAUGCUCAACAAGACUCGAAUCCUUGCUGGUCAAAUCCUCGAGUCGGAUCGUUUUGACAUGUUCAUUUUCAUUGUCAUCUGUUCCGACUGUACCAUGAUGGGGGUUGCGACGUUUGAAUUCGUCAGCGGCAGCGAUCGAAUAUCGGGGAUCUUUGAAAUCGUUAGCAUGAUCUUCCUCCUAAUCUACACUUUGGAGGCCGGGCUGGGGUUUCUGCAUAAUGGGGUGAAGUAUCUUUCGGAUUGGUGGCAUGUUUUCGACUUCUUCAUUGUGGUUACAUCAUGGAUAUUCGAUCUGUUGAACGGUUUUAAGACCUUUCGAGAGUUUCGAGCCGUCAGAAUUGUCCGUGCCUUCCGCUUGAUCACGGUGCUGCAUCCUUUGCGUGAUCUUGUCGUUGCAAUCGGGACAGCUAUCCCAAGGGUUUCCAGAAUCAUGCCGCUUCUACUCUUACUGUUCUACAUAUUCGCAGUGCUGUUUGUGGAGCUCUUCCGGGACGUUCAGUUCGACGAUGGAUUCAAAUACUUUGAUCGAUUGGAUUCUGCGCUGUUCACUUGCCUACAGAUGAUGACCAUGGAGUGGGCAGAGCUCGCACGUGAAGCUACUGAAAAAUCAAAUCAACAAUGGGCGCGCGGGUUAAUCGUUUUGUUUGUGGUUCUCUCGGGGAUGCUGUUCUUUGACUUGAUCAAGGCGACGGUAUGCGAUUCGGUCGCCCUGAUCAAUGGACGAUCUCGAAGACUCGCGCAAAUUUCCAUGUAUCGCAAAAAGCUAGGAAAGCUCGGCAAAACGAUUGACGGCAUCUCGCUCAAAAUGGUGCACACAAUCAACUUCCAACAACACAUCAAUCGCAUGCUGAUGUACGACAUCCAAACGAUCAAGUCAGACGAACGCAAAAGGCAAUCGAAGGGUAAGGGCCAUAGUUGUGUACUGAGAAAGCGAGCGUCGAGGAAGAAGAAAGAUUCCGUCGAGACUCCGAAAUCAAAGGAACGACAGAAUUCAAUUGGAGGAUGA